AUGGCCGAGACACAAGCUCAGCCCCAUGACUUUCUCAGGUCCCUCGUUCAACAGGCCAGAGAUCUCGAGCCUGAUUUCCCUUCUCCCGAUGACUUCCAAAAACUUGGAAUUAAAGCAUUCCAGGUAUCCCUGGCUCCGGAAAAUGACGAAAGUCUCCAAUUUGAACCCUGCUUCUUUCGGCCGCACCCCGAUAAACCGUUUCAGAAAUAUCCAAUCCACGUUUUGGCCUUGGAAGAUGAUCCACAGGACAUACAAUACACCGAAACCUUGAAAGAUUACAUAGAGGAUGCUCUGACGGAGAAUUCCCCUGAAAACGCUCCAAUAAUUGCGAGAAUGGAAUACAAAAUGUCGUCGGAUUUUCCGCCAGAGCGCGAUCCAUACAAUGCCAAGGAUGUAGAGAAGAUGAUUGAGUCUCACAUCCGGGUGAGUGAAAAUGACCCUGAUACUUACGAGGGAUUUGGAGAUCCAAAACCGUGGCAAGUGAUCAAUCAUUACCGAUACAGCAGUCGCCCUUUGAAGCCGCAUGUAUCGCUCAACUCUGGCCUGAUACAAGCCAGGGGCCUCACUAGCCACGAGCUGAGAGCCAUCGUGAACGUGAUGCUUCUUCGAGUGAAUCACAAACCGUUCGGCAGAUGCCAUAUUCAUCCAGUUUUGGUUCUCUCUUUUAUGGGCGAUUAUCAGGGGAGAAUCAUUCAAGCUUCGUAUGAUGGAAAGGGACUGAUUCUACAAUACUCGCAACUAUGGAGCUUUGCAGACAUUACGCAGCCAAAUAGUACUUAUUUUAUAACACAUGUGUAUAGUGCCCGCCAUGUAGAUAUAUGGAAACAUUCUGUGGAAAGGAGCGUAUACACUUUAGUCCAACCUCCCAUCUUCAACUCUCCUGACCUCUCCACCACCAAAACCUCCAGGUCGAAAGUGCCCUAG